AUGAACACCCUCAAACCACCAACGAAGAACAACCACCGGGCGAAGACCCAGUCAGUCUCAUCAGUCAGCUCGGAGGCCGAACAAGAACAGCUCAGAGUGCUGCUCGAGACCAAGAACUUCCUCAACGAUCGUGACACGCUUAUCACGGUCAUCGACCAAUCCGACCAGCUUAUCGAACGGUUGAACCAAUUCGCUCAACUCCACUGGUCCCUCGUACACCCUCAGCUACUCAACCAGUCAACCACCACCACCACCAGCGAAUCAUCAGCUCCCCAGAGCCUUGACAACAAGCCUCCCUCAUCCACCGUCCAUCCAAAUGCACUCAGCAUUCUCUGCUUGGACAACCUCUCCAUCCCCCACCGUCGAACCUCGGGUGGCGGCGCCGGAGGCUUCAAGGAAAUCGAUUCCUCCAUGCUGACCAACCAUCAGUCAUUGGCCUCCUCCAUGCUCUGCUCUCGUCUCCAGUCUGUCCAAGCUCAUCUGGCCGACCUGCGAACCAGGGUGCAUGACCGCAACUCACGAAUCCUCGUCACCGGUGACCUCAACGCCGGCAAGUCCACCUUCGUCAACGCACUCCUUGCCCGCGAAGUCGCCCCAACCGACCAGCAGCCCUGCACCGAGGUCAUGUGCGAGAUCCUCGAUAAGUCGCACAUCAACUCGCCCCUCGAGCAGAUCCACGCCAUCCCCCAUGGCUCGGUUUAUGAUAUCGAGAACCCAAAGAGCUAUGUGACCUUCCCUAUCGACAAGCUCUCCGAGCUUGUCAACGCUGGACAUGAGGAUAGCGAGGACAGCGGCGAUGACGAGAAUGUUUCUAGUCCUUAUCAGCUCCUUAAAGUUUACAUUUCUGGUCCCGACAACCGAAAAGGAGCCAAGGCUGAACAAGGCUUGAAUGCCACCAACGCAAUCUCUUUAUUACGACAGGGGGAUGUCUCAGUCUCCUUUAUUGAUUCACCCGGCUUGAAUCGCGACACACUGUCAACGAUGGAGCUGUUCUCGAAACAGUCCACAAUCGAUGUGGUGGUGUUUGUUGUCAGUGCUGAGAACCAGUUCACGCUCUCCGCCCAAGAGUUCUUGUGGGCAGCUAGUCAGGAGAAGGCCUACGUCUUCGUCGUCGUCAACAAGUGGGGAGGGAUUCGCGACAAAGUGAAGGCCGAACGAAGGAUCAGGGAACAGCUUCGCAAGCUGAGUCCGGCUACCUGGCAGGAACGAACUGAACUGGUGCAUUUCGUGGACUCGCAAGAAGCCAUCGUGAAUGCCCAAUCAAAAGCAUCAUCACCCAAUGACCAAGAGAUCUCGACUGAGGUCGAGCCAUUCGACCACUUACAACGCUCGCUAUCCUCCUUCGUCUUCCUCCGUCGGUCGAUCUCCAAGCUCCAACCUGCGCAGACUUAUACCCGCAACCUCUUGCAAGAUCUCCAAACGAUCACCGCGACGAACAUGGAGGCUGCCAAGAACUUUUACGAUGAAGCCCAGGCUAAAUUGGAUAAGGUCUUGCCUCGCUUCAACCAACUGUCUGCGAACUCCCAUGUGGUAGAUGAGACUAUUGGUCAGAUCGAAGAGAACACGGUCUCGCUCGUGUACAAAAACAGCCGAAAGAUCCUCGCUAGUGCCCUCAAGAACAUCCGGGACGGCAAACCAGCUCAGCCCAUCCCGACGACCGAGUCAACCUCUUCGGAGUCGUACUUCCCAGUCUACGAUGGCUUGCUGUCGAUCUUCCAAUACGCGGAAGAGGUGCGGAAGGUGCUGAUCAGCUCUUUAGAGGAGAGCGUCAAGCUGGCGGAAAAUGUGGCUCGAAAGUCGACCUCAGAUGCCGUGCAAGCCAUCCAGGAGAACUCGGUGACCAAGAACUUGCUGGAAGAAGACAGCCAGACGGAGGGCAGCUCAGUGGAGCGGCGCUUCAACCCACAAGCAAUGUUCUCGAAGCCGCGCAAGUUCCCGUUGACGAGCGGACCGAGCCAACGGGGCUCGUUCGGCCACUGUGCCAGCUCCUUAGGCAUAGCGACGAUGGCCGACCUGGUCGAUUUCGACCGACUGAAUUGGUUUAAAUCCUCCUCCUCUCCCAAAUCCAUCGAGAAGUAUCUCAGCAGUACCAGUAGUGGCGCGACCACCGGGCUCGUCGGCUCGCUCGGCUUCGGCACCCUUACCCUCUUCGGAACUGGCGUUUCGGGUGGCCGCGCCGUCGUCGACGCCCUCGUCAAACUCUCUGAACUCGCUGGCACUAAAGGGUUCAGGAAAUGGACCGGUACCGCUGUCGCUAUUCUCUCUGUCGGGUUCGGGGUCUAUUUGAUCAUGGAUAUCCCGCGCGCGAUCCCGCGAAACAUCGGCAAGAAGCUCGAACGGGAGCUAAACGAGCUAGUCAGUUCGUCGUCUCCUGCUGGCCCCUUAGGCCGAGCCGAGGACCAUCGGGAGCCGCGCGAGGUGCGAUGGCUGGACUACGAGCUAGACCGGAUGGGCAAGGAGACCCGCAAGGUCGUCCGCCUCACCGGCUUCGAGCUGCGCGAAAAGUUCCGCAACUGUUUCGAGUCCGUCGCUGCUCAGACUGACCAGGCUAAGGUCGACCGUGAACACGCGCUCGACGUCCAGGCUUGGCUCGCUCAGUUCGAGAACGACACUAAGAGCUCGCUCAAUGUCUGUCUCGCUGUCGGCGCCGCUAGGCUCGGCGAUGCCUGA